GCACAGCCUAUGAUCGUGAAGAUGCGGAGGCGCGGCCCCGAGCUGCGUGUAGGUGAGGGCUGUGCCCCCGGAAGCCGGGCUGUCAGUGCGCGUCGGACUCAGCGUUCCACCCCCGAGUGAUACCCUCGCUAUGGCCGCCCCGCCGCAGCUGCGAGGUCUGCUCCUGGCUGUGAACGCGCUGUUGCGCAAGCGUCGCUACCACACUGCGUUGGCCGUGAUUAAAGGCUUCCGGAACGGAGCAGUCUAUGGAGCCAAAAUCCGGGCCCCUCACGCACUGGUCAUGACCUUUCUCUUCCGGAGUGGCAGCCUCCGGGAGAAGCUACGGGCCAUCCUGAAGGCCACGUACACCCACUCUUCUAACCUGGCCUGCUUCGUGUUCACCUACAAGGGCCUCUGUGCCCUGCAGUCCCACCUGCAGGGAGAGACCCACCCGGUGCACUCGUUCCUGGCUGGCUUCAUCGGGGGCUUGCUGGUGUUUAGAGAGAACAAUAACAUCAACAGCCAGAUCAACAUGUACCUGCUGUCACGCGUCCUAUUUGCCCUGUGCCGCCUGGGAGUGGAGAAGGGCUACAUUCCCGAACCCAAGUGGGACCCAUUCCCAUUGUUCACCGCGUUAGUGUGGGGGCUGGUGCUGUGGCUCUUUGAAUACCACCGGCCCACGCUGCAGCCCUCACUGCAGUCCUCUAUGACCUACCUGUACGAGGACAGCAAUGUGUGGCAUGACAUCUCGGACUUCCUCAUCUACAACAAGAGCCGUCCCUCAGAGUAACACAGCCCUGAGGUGCUUAUGGGGGCUUCUACCUGAGUAGGCUCUGGGCGGUGUCCAGUUGUGGCUUGAGAUUGGCUCCAUCAGUGAAACCUCCCAGAGGAUCCUGCUUUCUCAAGAUCAUGGCUCUCAGACUCCAACUUUCAUUAACCCAGGGUUCCAUUGUCCAAAGCAGAAGCACCAAUUUUCCAGUCUCAUUAGGUACUCUUGAAUGGUGGAAUAAGAGGCUGAGUCAGGCUGAGGAACCUAAGGCAUGGUUCCAGCGUAUUGCUCACUUCUGUGAGACCUGGGAAAGUCACCCUCCUCUCUAGGCCUCAGGGGUCAUGGAGCUCAGAGGAGGGCCCUGAAAUCUCUUUCUGGUGGGUAUGUUCUUUGACUGUUCUUAUGCUGGUGGGCAGUGGGUUUGCAAAUAUGUUUUUACAAAAUAUUAAGUUCCUUUUCUCGAGUGUUCUAUUGGAGAAGCUCUAGAGUUUCACUGUCCAAUAGAAACAUAAUGACAGUCAUAUAUGUAAUUGAAAUUUUUCUAGUAGCCACAUUAAAAAAAAAGUGGGAAGAAGCAGAUGAGAUUAAUCUUGAUAUAUUUUAGCCCAAAUUUCUAAAAUAUUAUCAUUUCAACCUGUAAUUACUAUGAAAAUAAGGUCUUUUAUAUUCUUUUUUUUUAUGCGGAGUCAUCAAAAUCAAGUAUGUGUUUUACAUUUACAGCACGCCUCAAUUUAGACCAGUCACAUUUCAAGGCUCAGUAAGUAGCCACAUGUGGCUAGUCGUGGCUGUAUUGGACUGUACAGAUAUAGAACACUUCUAUCAUCACAGAAAAUUCUAGUGGGCAUUGCAGAUAAAGAGCCAGAGGACAUGGGUUGGAGUCCCCACUCCAUCACUGUGUAAUUUUUUUU